AUGCUUGUGGUCCGAAGGCUGAAGGUUUUGGGACCAAAUGUCGUGAUCACAAGAUCUAUCUACGGGAGAUGUCGUUCGGGAAACAGAGAUGUAGUUGGACACGGUAUGAACGGCAUCAACGCUUAUAAGGAUGACCCACAUUUUCCCUUCCCUGCCAUUAGGUUUAAAGAAAACACCAAAGAUAUCGUUGCACUACGACAGAAAGAGGUAGGUGACUGGAAACUGCUCUGUUGCGAGGAGAAAAAGGCUCUGUACCGCGCGUCAUUCUGCCAGACCUUCGCCGAGUUCCAGGCCUUCACCGGCGCGUGGAAGUUCAUCCUCGGAUGGGUCUUCCUCACUACCUCUUUUGGAUUCUGGACGAUGAUGUUCUACCACUACUACGUAAAUGAGCCGCUACCGAUAACCCUGGCCAAGGAGCCGCAGAAGGCACAGUUACGAAGAAUGUUAGAGCUUCACACCAAUCCUGUCGACGGCAUCUCGUCGCUGUGGGACUAUGAACACGACAGGUGGAAGCACCAAAGUGAGAAAGAAGCAAAAUGA